AUGUGUAUCGGAGUAUUCAUAUGGAAAGCUCAUCCUUUGCAUCCAUUGAUUCUGCUCUCAAACCGAGACGAGUAUCACAACCGUCCCACCACCCCGCUUUCUUGGUGGGAUGAUCAUCAUGGCCAUCCGAUUAUACUUGGCGGUCGAGAUGACCUUGCUGGUGGGACCUGGCUUGCUUGUACAUCCACCGGGAAGCUGGCUUUCCUCACCAAUGUCCGGGAACUCACCUCCUCUUCUGAAUCUUCGCAACCCAAGAAGAGCAGGGGCGAUCUCCCAUUACGUUUUCUCCGGAGCAACAAAAGUGUGGAAGAAUUUGCGGAUGAAUUGGUGAAAGAAGAUGGCGUUGAGGAGUACAACGGGUUUAAUCUGAUUAUAGCCGAUCUUCGUUCCAUGUCCAUGUUUUACAUUACCAACCGGCCGAAAUCUGAUGGCGUAACUGCUACACCAGUUUCUCCCGGAAUUCAUGUUCUCUCAAAUGCAAUGUUAGACACACCAUGGCCAAAGGCACUACGAUUGAGAAAAAGCUUUAAAAGCAUAAUGGAUAGAUAUGGUGAAGGAGAGGUUCCACUGAAAGAAUUGCGUGAAGAACCAUUAAUGAAAGACUCAGCCAAAGAUGAUGAAAGCAAGCUACCUCGCAUCUAUCCUCCAGAGUGGGAAUACCAAUUAAGUUCUAUAUUUGUGGACACUCAGACGCCAUUGGGACGUUAUGGUACCAGAAGUACUUCCACAUUGAUCGUGAAAACAAAUGGAGAAUGGACAUUUUCGGAGAAAUAUAUUGACAAUGACAGCUUGUGGAAGGAGAAGACCAUUAUUUUCAACCUAGCUAAAGAAACUCAAAACAGUAUAUAG